CCACUCCACUGCUAAAUUUAUCCUUCACCCAGAAAUACUCGGGCCACAGUAGACGCCCUCCGCGCCUCCACACGCGCCGCAAUUCCUCGGGCCUCUUUCUUUUGGCCGCGCGACCCCCAGGCAUCGGACGCGCAUCUUCCGCUGAGCGAGGAGACAGAGGCGGGUGAAGAUCGCUGGCCGUCAUGGAUCCGCGCGUCGCUGCCCUGAAGAGCAUGGAGGAGGAGUUGCGCGUGUACCAGACCACGCUGCUGCAGGACGGAUUCCGAGACCUGCUCGACGAGGGCAAGAUGAUCGACUGCGAGCUCAAGGUGGGCGACAAGAAGCUGCCCUGCCACCGGCAGGUGCUGGCCGCGUGCAGCCCAUACUUCCGCGAGAUCCUUCUGUCGGAGGAGUCCGAGGAAUCGGGAAAGAAGAAGGCGACGGCGACCGCCACCGCGAAGAAGGAAGUGGUCCUCGACGACGUCGACCCCACGGUCCUCGAGAUGAUCCUGCGCUACCUCUACACGUCGGAGAUCGCCAUCACGGAUGACAACGUGCAGGACAUCUUCGCGGUGGCCAACAUGUUCCAGAUCCCGUCCAUCUUCACGGUGUGCGUGUCCUACCUCCAGCGGCGCCUCGGCCUCAGCAACUGCCUGGCCGUCUUCCGCCUGGGCCUCCUGCUCGACUGCCCCCGUCUCGCCGUGUCGGCUCGGGACUUCAUCGCCGAGCGCUUCGGCGCGCUGUGCAAGGACGCGGACUUCCUGCAGCUGAGCGCCCAGGAGCUCAUCCCCAUCGUGGCGUGCGACGGCCUCAACGUGGAGAAGGAGGAGGUGGUGUGGGAGGCGUUCGUGGGCUGGAUCAAGCACGACAAGGAGGAGCGCAUGAAGAGUCUUCCCGACCUCUUCGACUGCAUACGAUUCCGCCUCAUGGCCAAGGACUUCGUGCGCGACCACGUGGAGAAGAGCGACCUCGUGAAGACCAACCCCGAGCUGCAGAAGAAGCUCAAGCUGGUGAAAGACGCCUUCGAGGGGAAGAUGCCCGAGCCCCAGCCGGUCGUCAGCGCCGGCAAGUCCGGCGCGGAUGGGAAGGCGGGCGCCGCCACGGUCAACGGAGACGUGGAGGCGGUGGAUGACGAGCAGGCGGCCCUGCUGCCCAGCAUCCUCAACGACAACAAGCGGCUGGGCAUGUACGCGCGCCACCUCAUCCUCCUCGUCAACGACGAGGCGGCCGUGGCAUACGACCCCACGGAGAACGAGUGCUACCUGGCGGCGCUGUCCGGCGAGCAGGUGCCGAAGAACCACGUGAGCCUGGUGACUCGCGAGAACCAGCUCUUCCUCGCCGGCGGCCUCUACUACGACGAGGAGAACAAGGACCAGCCCUACCAGUCCUACUUCGUACAGCUCGACAACCUGGAGGGAGACUGGAUGGGCAUGCCCCCCAUGCCCUCCCCACGCGUCCUCUUCGGCCUGGGGGAGUCGGAGAACUCGAUCUACGCGGUCGGAGGCAAGGAGCUCACGGGAGACGUGACCCUGGACUCCGUGCUCUGCUACGACAGAAAGUCCUUCAAGUGGGGCGAGUCGGACCCGCUCCCGUACAAGGUGUACGGACACACGGUGGUGUCCAACAAGGACCUGGUGUACGUGCUGGGCGGCAAGUCGGACGACAAGAAAUGCCUGAGCAAGGUCAUGGUCUACAACCCCAAGAAGUUCGAGUGGAAGGAGCUGGCGCCCAUGAGCGUGGCGCGCUCGCUGUGCGGGGCAGUGCUGCACAAGGGCAAAGUGUGGGUGGCGGCCGGCGUGGUGGAGGGAGGCCUCACCGCCUCCGUGGAGGUUUACAACAUCGCUACCAACAAGUGGGAGACGCAGACGGAGUUCCCGCAGGAGCGAUCAUCGCUGUCCCUCGUGAGCAUGGAUGACGUUCUCUACGGCAUCGGGGGCUUUGCCAUGGUGCAGGCCGAGGGCGAGCAGCAGUUUGCGCCCAAAGAGAUGACGGACGUGUGGAAGUAUGACGAGGAGAAGAAGGAGUGGGUCGGGCUCUUGCGCGAGAUCCGAUACGCGGCCGGGGCCUCGUGUCAGUCCGUCAAGCUCAACGUGCUCAAGAUGGCCAAGCUGUGACAGCACACACGCACCCAUACAUACACGUAAACACACACACACACUGACACACACACACGUAGGUACGUCUAAACACACACACACACACGCACCGAUACAUACACUUAAACACACAAGCACACUGACACAUACAUACUGACACACGUACGUCGAAACACACACACGCACCGAUACAUACACUUAAACACACACACACUGACACAUACAUACAGACACUUAAACACACACACACACACUGACACACACACGUACAUACGUCUAAACACACACGCACCGAUGCACAGCCCUCGACCUACAUGCACAUUCACACGCGUCUGCGAGCAAUCCGCAUCGUCAACCUCGUCCCGUCAUCGUCGUCCCACCGACUCCUGCCCCGUCCCCAACCUCUCCCCGUCGGGGUGCAUAUCUUCUUCGCGAGAAAUAGUCACGUAGCGAUUAACACGAACGCGUACGGCUUUGCGUGCAGAACAAAGACAAAGAUCCUUCUAUCACCUGGACAGACUUUUGGGGCUAGUGCUGUUAGCAAGCACCGCUGAAGGCUGGUAUAGGUGGGUGGCCAUCACCACGCCCGGCCGUCUUUGUCUCCCCCCCCCCCCCCCCAGUGCUGAUGUUUACACACUGCACCAGGUACCUAUUUGAGGCUGAGUCGACCCGUUCAAAUAUUCGCCACUGUUGUUAUUUGUGAGCGGGAAUCAAACGCAUGGGGUCGCCCGGGUUUGUAGGGCAAUGCGCUAAUCACCGCGCCACCGCUCGCCCAGAAUAGGUGCUCGUCAACAGCACUCCCAGUCUAUAUCGCUCUCAGUAGGGGGAACUUUAUCUUGGUGUGUGUGUGUGAAUGGGUGUGUGUGUGUGGAGCGGUUGUCGUGGUGGUUAUACGGACGUUGAACUUCUUUCGCACCGUACGUAGCCAACUGUGCUAAUCGUAGGCGUGCGUGGGGAAGGACAACAAACUAAACACGCACAAAACUGUUUUCAAUAAAUCGUUCGUGCACUACGCCACGAAUUCGAUUCAGGGCCACGGUUACCAUCAGUGGCCAAUUAUAUCUGGAUCCGAUACGAGCUCGACCCAGCCUUAAAUCAAGUGGCUGUUGUUGUUGAUUGUAAACAUCAGCACUGGCGAGACCACGUGGUGCUGUUUAACACUAUCCCAUCGUGUGCCGUGCCGGCCUUAAUAAGUGCUCGCCAACAGCACUUGCUCCAAUGAUCUGUUGAAGGCUAUAUGGGGGAUCUUUGUCUUCGUAUAGAUGUGAGUGUGCGUACGUAUGUAUGUAGAGUGUUGAGUUGUGCGCGUGUGGGUCUGUAUUUAGAUUGAUCUUGUGUUAUUCAUUAAGUGGGCUUUAUUAAUGACACUGCAGCUGGCAUUGAGACAGGAUGAACAAUUAAACUAAAUUCUUUCACAGAA